CCUGAGAACUUACUUUUAGCUAGCAAAUCCAAGGGAGCAGCAGUAAAACUGGCGGACUUUGGAUUGGCUAUAGAAGUCCAAGGAGAACAACAGGCUUGGUUUGGCUUUGCUGGUACUCCAGGAUACCUUUCUCCAGAGGUGUUACGAAAAGAUCCUUAUGGAAAACCUGUGGAUAUGUGGGCAUGUGGUGUCAUUCUGUAUAUCCUCCUGGUGGGAUAUCCUCCUUUCUGGGAUGAAGACCAGCACAGGCUUUACCAGCAGAUCAAGGCUGGUGCUUAUGAUUUUCCCUCACCAGAAUGGGAUACAGUGACUCCUGAAGCAAAAGACCUUAUCAAUAAAAUGCUUACCAUCAACCCAGCAAAACGUAUCACAGCAUCAGAAGCACUAAAGCAUCCAUGGAUCUGUCAACGUUCUACAGUUGCUUCUAUGAUGCACAGACAAGAGACUGUAGAUUGCUUGAAGAAAUUCAAUGCAAGAAGAAAACUAAAGGGGGCCAUUUUGACAACUAUGCUGGCUACCAGAAAUUUCUCAGCAGCCAAGAGUUUACUGAAAAAACCGGAUGGAGUUAAGAUAAACAACAAAACGAACGUGGUAACCAGCCCCAAGGAAAAUAUUCCUACCCCGGCGCUGGAGCCCCAAACUACAGUAAUCCACAACCCUGAUGGAAAUAAGGAAUCAACAGAGAGCUCCAAUACAACCAUUGAAGACGAGGAUGUGAAAGCUCGUAAGCAGGAGAUUAUCAAGGUUACUGAGCAGUUGAUUGAAGCAAUCAACAAUGGGGACUUCGAAGCUUACACAAAAAUCUGUGAUCCAGGCCUUACAUCUUUUGAACCUGAAGCUUUGGGUAAUCUAGUAGAAGGGAUGGACUUUCACCGGUUUUACUUUGAAAAUGCUUUAUCCAAAAGUAAUAAGCCAAUCCACACCAUUAUCCUCAAUCCUCACGUCCACCUUGUGGGUGAUGACGCUGCUUGCAUUGCAUAUAUACGGCUCACCCAGUACAUGGAUGGAAGCGGGAUGCCAAAGACUAUGCAGUCGGAGGAAACGCGGGUCUGGCACCGUCGUGAUGGGAAAUGGCAGAACGUUCAUUUUCACCGUUCAGGGUCACCAACAGUACCUAUCAAUGCCUAGCACAGCGGGAUCCCAGUCAUGACUUCGGCCCCCUAGAUGCUACGCUAAAAAUAUCAGCGGUGCCGCUCUUGCAUUUUCUGUACCCAACGUACCUGGUUGAUUACCAUCUUGGCCAUCCAGUUCUCUUCAUGCAUGUUUCUGAGUGCAUGAAGCUGUGAAGGUUCUUCAUAUAACACAUUUGUGAUGCACCAUGUUGCUGUAUAUUCCAUCUGUACACUGUUAACAUUUCAAUGAAGGUGAUGUUCCACGCAAAUAGAGAAUAACAAGGCAUAAAAGACAAGAAGUAUUUGGUGGUCAGCAGUAGAUACAGAAUACAUUUGUCACUUUCUCCAUUUAUGCCAAGUUUUGACAGACAACUUUAGAAACUAUCCUGUUUAU